AUGACCAUUGACAAUACAACCACGCCUUUUGGAAAGCCCAUGCGGGAGCAUUGGACGUUCUCCCCAGAUUACCAUCCAAUCAACAAUGGUUCUUUAGGGGCAAUUCCCAGAGUAGUACAAGAGAAACGAAUUGAGUUGCUGGAUCGCUGCGAGCAACGACCGGACCCCUACUAUCGGUUUACAAAUACUGAAUUCAUGUAUAAAUCAAAGGCAGAGGCUGCAAAGAUAAUAAAUGCACCAGCAGAUGAAUGUGUAUUUGUGAAGAAUACGACGACUGGAAUAUGCAUCGCGCUCUAUAACCUCCAAUUUAAGGAGAAUGACUCUCUGAUCCACUUCGAUGGUCUCUAUGGGGCUCUUGAAAACUGUGUCACCUCCUUGGAGGAACACACUCCUUUGAAGGCGCGCAAAGUUUCCAUCGAAUUUCCCAUUGACGAAGAUGAAUUGGAACGCCGAUUCCGCGAGACGAUUCGACAGGCACGAGCUGACGGCCUCAAGAUACGCGCCGCUCUCUACGGUACAAUUAUCAGCAGACCUACUUUUCGCUUUCCAUUCGAGCGACUUACUGAAAUCUGCCGCGAAGAGGGUAUUCUCAGUAUAAUCGAUGGAGCUCAUGGAAUUGGAAUGAUUCCUCUUGAUAUGCAGCAGCUUCAGCCUGAUUUCUUCAUAACAAAUUGCAACAAAUGGCUCUACGCUCCUCGCCCCUGCUCCUUGAUGUACUGCCCCAAGCGGAAUCAGCCUUACAUCCGCACACUAUUACCCACAUCCUGGGGCUUUAUUCCCGCAUCAACACCCGCAGAAGCCAUUUCAGCCCGCCAAAAUUCUCUUUCCCCGAACACACUAUUUGAGGAAUUAUUUUCAUUGGGCUCAGGAACAAGUGAUGACUCCCAAAACACCUGCAUUCCCACCGCAUUGAAAUUCCGCCGAGAAGUCUGCGGAGGCGAAGAAGCCAUCAUGACCUAUUGUCGUGAACUUGUCAACAAAGCGGCUGAUAUGCUUGCGGACUCUCUCGGUACGGAAGUCCUCCAAGAAAAGAACCUGAAGCCAGGUGAAAAGAGUAAGAUGCGCGAUUGUUGUAUGGUAACUUUGCGCCUGCCUAUCGGUUAUUUAGAGGGGGAUGAUGAGACAAAUCUGCCAGGCGCAUGGGGCACAAUAUUGGCGAAGGAUUGGAACCGCGUUUCGUGGCACUUGCAGAAAAGGUUAAUGGCUGACUACAAGACCUUUGUUCCUAUUUUCCCAUACGGAACAUGGCUGUGGGUUCGUGUUUGUGGCCAGGUGUAUUUGGACAUGAGUGAUUUUGAGUGGUUCAAAGAUGUUCUAUGUACCUUGUGCGAGGAAGUUGCUCGCAAGGAGUAUUAG